AUGUCGUUUCGUAGGAGCAGCACUCGGAGGCCCGCUCGCAACUCGGGCGGGCGUCGCAGCUCAGUCGACUCCCAGGGCAGCGUCGAGAACCCAAAUGCGUAUGGACCCUUUGGUUCUGCAUAUCGCGAUGCGCCAGCGGCCAUCGAGGUCGAAGACCAUCACUAUGAUACAGACGGACAAGCCGGCCACUCCCACCAUCAUCGAGCCGACGGCAGCGGCACCUGGCAUCAAGUCCAGCUCCAAGGAAUGGCGCAGCCGCAAUCGGACCCUCAGCAACAACACCAGAACUUCUCGCUGCCAUACCACCAGUACCAACAUCAGCAACAGCAAAGCUCGCCAUCGCGUGGCCACGAGCAAAAGGAGAGCGACCCGUCUGCGUACGGCCUUGAUCCUUCCCACCUCGACCCGGACGGCAUGACGUCAAGUGCCAACCUCGUGCCAGGCGCCCAGGGGCAGCCUAUGCAACCACCCUACAGUCGCCAGGACACGGAGAUCCUUACGUCGGACCCCAACAUUGUCUCGGCAGAUCAGCGUCACGACGUGCAGCAGCAUCAAGAGCUCGAGCGCCACCGGACGCACAAGGGUCACAAGAACGCCUUCGACCAUGUCCACGGCGGUGGGGGAGGGCACAUUGCCCAGCACGGCGAGCAAAUUCCGAUCCGGCUCGGACACCUCUUUAAGCGGCCGCUCGUCCGCCAGUGGGUGCUCGAGGACAAGCUCUACCGAGAGGUCGACGACAGGGAGCCGUCGCAGUUUGAGCUCUUUUUCGACUUGGUCAUGGUUGGCAUCAUCCACAAGCUUGCGGACGGAGCUGCAGAGGCAGCAACGGGUCUCAACAUUGCCAAGUUCAUCCUCGUCUUCUAUCCAGCCUGGAGUAUCUGGACCGAUGUGCGAUCAUACAUCAACGUCUCAGGUACUGAUGAUGUCUGGCAGCGUAUGUACAUCCUCAUCAUCAUGAUCCUCUUGAUGGGUUAUGCGGCGAAUGCGACCGGCAUCAUCAUCGCCGAUGAAAAGCACGACGAGGCAGCCGCCACCGGCGAAAAGUCCACUUCCGCCGAAGGAGCGACAACGGCAGAGCACACAGGCACUGCGACCGUUGAAAAGAGAUUCGCCUUGGCUGCAGCUGCCUACCUGGUCAAGCGCUCCUCCGAGGGCGGUGUCAACUUGGAAGAUAUCCCUCUUGUCCGCGAGAUCGGACACACAGGCUACUGGUUCGCAGAGGGCUACCACCACGCCAUUUCGAGCGCCAUCAGCUUCUACCUCGUCGCCAAAUUCUGCCGUCUCUCUCUCUUCUUCGUCUACGGCCUUCUUCUGCCCAAGUUCCGCAAAGCCUUGUGGCUCAACAUGGUCUCGCUCGUCAUCAUCUCCUGCACCUACCUGCCCCUCAUCUUCCUUGAGGAUCCGGGUAUCAUCGUCAUUCUCAUGUGCUGCGGCAUUAUCCUCGAGCUCUCGUCCCGCUACAUCGUCGCUGCCGCCAUGCAGAUCCUCCACGGAAAGGCCAAGCAUGCCGGGCACAAGACUUACAUUCCCGCGUAUUCCCUUCCUCACAUGAUGGAGCGCAUGACGCAGUUCACCAUUCUGGUCGUCGGAGAGGCCAUCAUGAACUCCGUCUAUGUCGCCUACACUGGCCAAUUUGGACCGCAAACGAUGUUCUGGAGGGCAACACUGAGCGUCACGAUCUCGUUCCUCAUCAUCUGGCUCUACUUUGACAACGACAGCUCACGCACCUUUGUCCACGCUCUCAAGCGCCACUGGCUACCCAGUAUUACCUUCACCCACAUGCACUUUCCCCUCUGCGCCGGCUUGAUCCUCAUGAGCUCAGCACAGGCCAAGCUCAUCGCCGACAGCAGCGUCGAAGAAGGUUUCUACUGGUUCUUCUCCGGUUCCAUCGGCCUUGUCAUGCUCUCGAUGGGCAUUCUGGGCAUCCUGCACAAGUCGCUCGAUCGAUGGCGGUCCUCGAUGAUUCCCAAGUCGGCCCGUAUUACGUUCCGCUUCGUCUUGGCCGUCAUCUUUGUUAUCCUGCCGCAGCUCCGCAAAUGGAACAGCGUCGAAUUUCUUGGCGCCUACGCUGGACUUCUUGGGAUCGCUGUGGCUUUCGAAACAUUCGGAAAGCUCGGCGCCGUCGGUCGAGAGUAUGACCCAGUCCGAGCCGAGGAGCUUCGGCAGCAGCGAAAGUCGAAGCACGCGGACAAUGCGAUCCCCAUGUAUGGCCUCCCUUCGCACAAUCGGAGCACCUCUACCGCCUUUUCACCCGAAAAGGCCAGCCAGCACGUUCGAAGGACUUCUAUGGCCGCUGGCAUGGCCUUGUCGAAGGCCUUUAACAAGGACGCUGUGGUCAAGGGUCCUGGGCAGCGAGCUAGCUGGCACGAGUACGACGAUCUCACGGGUGCCGAGCGUGGCGAGGAAGACGUUGGUAUCGAAAGCGAGCUAGGCAAAAUCGAGACGAAGGAGGUCUCAACGGGCGAGCGCUGGGCAUACGUUGCCACGUAG